AUGGCCGUGUGCACCCACUGCAAGGCUCGACACUGGAAGUGCGAAAGGACGAAGUCGACCGAACACUUUAGCACGUGCUGCUCGCAGGGCAAGGUGCAGCUGCCUCCCCUGCCCAGCCCAAUGCCGAGUAUCGACAGCAACUUGAAGGCUCGGAUAGCGGUCAGCUGCUCCGUUCAACAACAUUCGUCUGCAGAGACCCACAUGCUGAACUGUGCGACCCACCUACACAGAAGCUGAAGCCUCCCGCGAGAACGCCCGGUCGUACAACAACGCGUUGUCGUUCACUUCGCUCGCUGCUCACUUCGACCAGACACGACUGUGCACUCUUGGCCCCCCCGUACUUCGCGUGUUUGGUCGCCUCUAUCAUCCACUCGGCGCCCUGAUCCCUGUCGUAAAUCAACGCCCAGCCUUUGCUCAGACAUGGCUCAUCGACCCGGCCGAGGCCACCGACACUCGACUUGGGACCCGGCGGGGCAGACAGUCGCAUACAAAGAUCUACUUUGACCAAGCUCGAGCCCAUGUUGCGUGGCGGCAAUCGCUUUGUGAGGGAGUUCGCAUCGGCCAAAGCUCGCGCAGGUUGGGAUACGGCCAAAGAGAGGGUCCUGCGCCUCUGCCUACCACGAGGCCGAGACCGACGCACCCACAACCUUCCUACGUCGAGCACGGAGAUGGCAAUGCAUAUCUGCGAUUCCGACACCAACACGGGAGAUCGUGGACCGCAAGACCUUAUUCUUGAGGUGCACGAUGUUCGAUGUCCCGACAGUCGGCCCAAGUACCAAGUCGUUAGCUCGCUCUAUCCGUCCGCGAUGCCUCUCCGCUCGUUACCCACUACUAUUCCCUGCGGGGGAAGAUGGCUUCCACCCCAACUUUCCUCUUUGCGGGUUCCACCAAGCUGGGCCGCCGAUCGCCAGCAACCGAGAGCAGAUCGACAGUGGUGUUCAAUUGCGCGAGCUACUUGCCGGUCUUGGUCCGGAUGAAGAAGGCGAAGAGGAGGACGAAGACCACGACGAUGAGGAUGAAGACGGCGAGGAAGGGGACGAAGAGAAUGGUGAAGGUGAAGGUAAGCGUCUUCGGCUCUUUACCAUGUGUUCCAUUCUGUUGAAACGCGAGCACAGACUGACGUAGAAUGUUUGAACAUCUAGCACGAAGGUCAAGGAAAAGGGGUCGAGGUGAAUCAACCCGAGUCUCGCGUUCACAAUUCUUUGCGUACUACUUGCACGAACGCGACGACUACUUUUCAAUCCCGCAUUGCACUCAAGCUCGUAAUCGACGGAUACUCCCAAGUCGAGAUCGAUCGACUCAACUAUAUCCGGUUUCAUCAAGGAUAUCCUGCGCCUCACCACGGCCCAAGGCAUCACCGACGCUGCCAUUGCCACCGGCUUGACCCCGAAUCAAUUUGGACGUUCGGUGAUUUUGGGCUCGACGUUCAAGAAUAGCCCGCGGGAGAUCACACAGCGUUACCUAGAUGCGAUGGCGUGCGUUGUCAAACAUGGAAAGCUUCGCUGCUCAUCACGGUGACGUGCAACCCCGAAUGGCCGGAAAUCAAGGCUGCACUGGGGCCGAACGACGAAGCAUGCAACCGUCUGGAUCUCCUUGCACGAGUGUUUGAAGCCAAGUUGAACCGACUCUGCGACGACGUUUUUGGCAUCCAGCAACGUGCAGGCUGUUUCGGCGUCGUUCUGACGCAUGCACACGUUAUCGAGUAUCAGAAGCGGGGCCUGCCGCAUGCCCAUAUCCUUAUCCUCAUCACCCUCGCGCCGGACGAACAUCCUUUGUCGAGGGAAGCGAUCGACAAGAUGAUCUCGGCCGAGAUACCCGAUCCUUUGUGCUAUCCUGAACUCCACGAGACUCGCAGUACGUUUGGUUCCCCUCUUUCAACCGACCAACCGAUAAUAAGACUACCUUCUAUUCGUUUCGCAGCUGUCUGAUUACCUGCUGUUCGCGGAAGGUCAAAGAACCGCCGAAGGUUUGAUCAAUUUUGUCUACCCCGGUCGAAGGACCGUGAAGAAGGAGUCCCUCGACGACCUGAAUCAGCUGUACUCGCGUCCGGCGGAUCCCUGUCGUUCUUCUUCGCAAUCUCAGCCCAGGCGCAGGCCUCUGCAACGGUACUCGCCUUAUCGUCUUCACGCAAGAUCGCGAGUCAUUCAAGCCGCCAUCUUGACCGGAGAUCGAACGGGCACCACGGCGGUCUUCAUCCCUUCCGUGCGACUUGAGACCUAGCAGUCGCCAACUUGGUUGCACUAUGCGCCGGCUCCAAUUCCCGCUUCGAGUUGCCUUGGCCAUGACGAUCAAUCAAGCUCAAGGUCAAUCACUCGAUCGCGUUGGCGUCGAUCUCUCCCUGCAUCUCGUCUUCACUCACGGGCAGCUGUAUGUGGCAAUGUCUCGAGUCAUGAGUGUUGGCGACCCCGCCCAUGAUGACAACGACCUACAAGCCGUGACCCCAAACCCAGUAUUCCGCUUUGUUCUGAGGGCGAUGAGUUCGCAUUGUGUGUUUCGCCUCCACUGAUGUAAACCGUUCAGUUCUCCUGCUAUUUGAAUUUCAGCCUCCCGUUAA